GGAAAGUGCCUGCGAAAGGGGGCUCCGUUUGUAGACCAGAAAAGGGGAUCGAGAGGAAUGGGUGAAGAGAAAAAGAGACGGAAGGGGCCUCUCGCUGAAGAUGCAAAGUAGAUAUAUUCGCGAAGGUAUAUGCAUAUACGUGCCUGCGUAUGAGUAUACGUAUGCGUAUGCGCGUGCUGGUAGGCCUGUCGCACGGGACCCACGGCGCGCCGAGCACCUUGAACCCCCAAAGCAUGAAAACCGCCACCCCGCGUAGGCACCCAUUUUGCCAGCACCCACUCAGUACCCGAUAAACGGAAAAAAAUGAUUUCGGAGAAGAGGAAACACGGCAAGAAGGACAGGGUCCACCGGAAGGGAAACCUGGGGGAAGGGGAGGAGGAGGCCCGGGCAACCCUCCACAACGGGGAGGAUAAGGAGGACAAGAAGGAGCAUAAAAGGGAACACAAAAGGGAACACAAAAGGGAGCACAAAAGGGAGCACAAUAACGAGCAUAAUAACGAGCAUAUCGACCAUAUCGACCAUGGCGAUCAUCUUGGCAACGACGACGACUGCGAUGGACACGCCCUCUCGCCCCUAAUCGAGGCACUCAACUUCUUCGAAGACAACGAGGUUAGCGAAAAUGGUGAGAAGGAAAGUAAAAAUAAAAAGAAGAAGAAGAAGAAAAAGAAAAACAGAGAGGACGCCCAGGAGGAGGGGGAACCCCCCCGCGCAGACGUAAACAGCCCCAGUUAUGAGAUGCAGGAGUGGGGCGAAGUCAAGAGGGAGGAGCACCAACUGGGUAGCCACGAUGAGCAGGAGGAGGAGAGGAGGAGGCGAAAGGAGGAAAGGAGAAGACUCAAGGAGGAGAAGAAAAGGCACAAGGAGGAGAAGAAGAGGCUCAAGGAGGAGGCGACAAAGCAACCGCUUCUAGCGAAGCAGCCGCCCCUCGCGAGAAAGAAAAAAAGUGUCCGCUUCGAACACGAGGAAGUCGCGAACGAAGAAAUCCUCAACUACUUCCUCCAGUCGUACAGAGACAAAAUAAGCAUAGAGCACGACGAGCUGUGCCAAGUAAUGACCGGCAAGAAAUUCUUUGACAUCGAACGAUUGGCGAAAAACGCCACGGAAAUUACCCACCAGUCGUUGAUGCUGAAGAAUAUUCAAAAGGAACAGAACAAUUAUUGCAAGCAGUGCGGGUACAUUUAUAACUACGACGAUUACAUGUACAUGUAUAUGAAGCGUUUUAAUCUGUCGAAGUGGAGGGAGACGAGUAACUGCCUCAGUGGAAGAAACCCCUAUGGCCCUUUUAGUGGCGGCAUGGAGAGCUCCCAAUUCGAUAAUGAAAACUGCAUUAGGUGCAUUUAUUGCGGAGCUAUAAUAGAUACCAUCGAAAUGUAUGACCAUUGGAAUGGAAAGGAAAGUUACAUAGAAUUAAAUUCCUACAGAGAAAAAUUCAUUUUUGACAAGAAUAAAAAAAGUUAUUGGAAAAAUAAAAUCACCUCACUUGAAAAAAACGUCUCCCUUUUCAAGGAGGAUCAAAAUCAAGCCUAUAAUAUUACUUAUGAAAAGUGCACAGAUUGCGGCAACGACUUUUUGCAUUUUAUUAAUAUACAGACGAGGAGUGCUGAUGAAGGAUCCACCAUCAUUUAUUUCUGCCCCAAUUGUAAGAAGCAGACGACGGUUAAUAAUUAG